CGCUGCGGUGAUAUUGCUACUAUAUACUAAACUAAUUGAAUGAAGUUGGUUUAAAAGCGAGCUUGCUCAAGUUGUUCGGUCUUGGUUACGUUAUAUCAUUAUUCAUUGUAUAGUAAUCCGACUUCGUGCUAAAUAUAGCUGUAACAGCAAGAAGCACGCGAGCGAAAAUAAAAGUGAAACUUUUGUUUCACUUUACAAACCAAGAAAUAGGAUUCAGCUGCACUGUCAGUGCUGUGUAAUAAAACGAUCGUGCUGUAAGUAAUCACGAUGCAUCAUACAUUGGUUAUACUGUAGAUUACAUUAAUUGGAAAGCGAGUAAGAGGGGCUUUAAUUCCCAGGCUGAAAAAUGAAACUAAACGGGAAACAGUUAAAAUGGAUCCUCACACUGAUUGUUGCUUUUCACAUCACAUCUAUAAAAGUUGAAGCUUCUCAUGAUGAGGCUCUGAGGAUCCUGAUAGUGGGAAUCAGAGGUCGCUCCAGAUUCAGCGCUGCAGAUCUUCUGUCAGGAAGGAAAGACGAUGGACAGGAGGACAGAGAGAUUGUAAAGACUCCAGUAUUUACAGACGAUGGUCAUAGAAUGAUGCUGGUCACUGGACCAAACCUCUGUGAGGACGACACAGCGAGACAGACCUUCACAAAAGCGCUGUAUCUCUCAUCUCCUGGACCUCACGCCGUUUUAAUGGUCCUGAAUCUGGAAGAUCAACAAUCACAACAGUGUGAUAUUGUGAAACGAGCCCAGAAGCUGCUGGGAGCAAAAGUCCUGCAGUACUGCAUUGUUCUUCUGCUCCAAAAUCACCAGGAACAUCUCACAGGAGCGUCCAGAGAAAUGAUCAACGCGUGUGGAGGAAGAUUUCGCAUCAUAAGAGACUCCGAACCAAAACCUGCUGAAAAAGCAGCUCUGGUAGAAGAAAUAAACAAGUUAGUUUGGCUCAAUAGUGACAGAUUUUACACAGCACUGAAUCGAACUCAACAGUUAGAAGCUGAAAGGCUGGAGCUUUUACAAAGACUAAAAGAAAUUGAUGGCAAACUUGGAGAAAAUCAGGUCUCAUCUGAAAUGCAUGACACUUCAGGACUGGUUGGAUGGAGUUUGCUCAUUUCACUAAUUGCGAUUGUUCUGGCUACUGAACGAAAGCACACAAUGUUAAUUCUUGAGGCAACUUUAGCUGGACUCGUGACAUUUAUGGCGUCUUUAAGAAACGCUUUGAGUCCACAUGUUGCUUUUGCACUAAAUUUGGCUCUGUGCUCCACAGUUGUGGCUGCAUUUCUAAAGUAUUUCCCAAUGCGCAAGUCAAGUAACAAAAUCAAAACAGAGUUUUUAUUUACAGUAGGUCUAGGAGUGACUCUUGGAUCAAUUGCUAGUGUAAGGACUUUCUCUGAUGUUUUUGUAGCAUGCUGUGCUGCUUUUGGAGUCACAAAUGGUGUGAUUGCAUUUGUAAAUUUAGCAUUUGUGUUAAAAAAACUGAGUGUCAGAGAAUUAUUCCUAUUAUUUCUGUUCUGUGCAGUAGGUGCCGAACUCACAAUUUUGUGCGUGAUUGUGCUCAAAGCUCUGUUUGGAGUGACGCUCACAAUAAUUUUGAUAAUAAUCAUGAUUGUAAUUGCAUCUAACAAUUUAGAUGCCAACAUGCAGAACACCGUAAUUAAUUUACUUCUUCCUUCAGUGAGUUUUUCAUGUGGUUGUGUGUUUAUUGGUUCUGCUGUUCUGACUUUAGAGAUGCUGAUGAGUUUCGUGAAGGUAUGUAUUGAAUACCUAGUCGGUUCGUACUUGUUUUAUCCAGCGUUAUUGUUUGGUUCAUUAAUGCUGAUUGGACAUUCUGUGCCAUGACUCGGAAAAGCAUUUUUCUAUUGAUGACUUUUCAAAAGGAGCUGUGAAUUCUGACAAACUACAGGUUUCGGAAAGCAAUAUUAAAUUGAAUAUUUAUGCGAUAUAUGAAAGUUAUUAUAGCUUGCUUUGUUUUUGAAAGUUUGUGAUGUCAUUCUGAUGUCAUUAACCAAUCAGUGUGGCCAUAAUGUCAUUUAUUUACCACAGUCGUUAGUCACAUUGUGUUUACGGCUCAGCUGAUUGACUAAAACAAUUUGACUGCAAAACUCGCUACCCACUGUGUCAUUUGAUAUACCUUACACAUUUUUAUAAUGUGAACAUGUUUUUUGGUUGUUACCAGACAUAUAAUUUGUUAUUUGUUGUGCAAU